AUGUCGUUGACAAACUGUCGAUUCUACGAGGAGAAGUAUCCCGAGGUGGAUAGCUUCGUGAUGGUGAAUGUUAAGCAGAUCGCCGAAAUGGGCGCUUAUGUUAAGCUAUUGGAAUACGACAACAUCGAUGGAAUGAUUCUGCUUUCUGAGCUGUCGCGAAGACGUAUUCGAAGUAUCCAAAAACUGAUUCGAAUCGGCCGAAACGAAGUCGUCGUUGUGUUGCGUGUUGACAAGGAAAAGGGAUACAUCGAUCUGUCGAAGCGACGAGUCUCGUCCGAAGAUGUGGGCAAGUGUGAAGAGCGCUACAACAAGAGCAAAUUGGUCCACUCGAUCAUGCGUCACGUUGCAGAAAAGACAAAGACUCCCAUCGAAGAGUUGUACCAAAACAUCGGAUGGCCACUAAACCGCAACUACGGUCAUUCUUACGACGCAUUCAAACUUUCCAUCACGAACCCCGACGUAUGGAAUGACGUUACAUUCCCCAACCAAUUGGUCAAAGAUGAGCUUCACACGUAUAUCGGCAAAAAGCUCACUCCUCACCCUACAAAAGUUCGUGCAGACGUCGAGGUCACUUGCUUUGGUUACGAUGGAAUCGAUGCCGUUAAGGAUGCUCUGCGUGCUGCGGAAGAGAACAACACACCGGAAACUCAGAUUAAGGUCAAAUUAGUGUCGCCACCACUCUACGUCCUUACCUGUCAAACUUUGGACAAGGCUCUCGGUGUCAAACUUCUGGAAGAAGCGAUACAGAACAUUGAGGUCAAGAUCAAGGCGUCGAAUGGAACGUUAACUGUCAAGAUGGCUCCUAAGGCAGUCACAGCACAGGAUGACGUUAAGCUACAAGAACUCAUGGACAAACGAGAACGCGAGAAUAUGGAAGUCAGUGGCGACGAAAGCCAGUCCGAGAGCGACGAAGGGGUUCCCGAGUAG